AUGAAGACACAAGGGCACGUCGCGAGGCUGCUCGCGCUCAGCCUCGGAAGCGCCGCCGCCGUCGCCAACGCCUAUGCGGUACCGGAGGUCAUCUUCUCGCCCGACGACAGCUACGGCACGCGCGGCGCCGUCGCCAGCGAAGCCAGCGAAUGUAGCGCCAUUGGACGGGACAUCAUUGCCGCCGGCGGCAACGCCGUGGAUGCCAUGGUCGGCACCACGUUUUGCGUUGGCGUCAUUGGCAUGUACCACUCGGGCAUUGGCGGCGGCGGCUUCGCGCUCGUCCGCGACACCGAGGGUAAUUACGAAGCGGUAGACUUCCGCGAGACGGCCCCGGCGGCGGCCUUUGAGGACAUGUACGGCGAUGAUGAGCAGCUCAGCAUCGCGGGCGGUCUGGCCGUCGGCGUGCCGGGCGAGGUUCUCGGCCUGGAGUACAUUCACCAGAAAUACGGCGUUCUCGAGUGGCGCGAUAUUAUGCAGGGCGCCAUCCGCGUGGCGCGGCACGGCUUCCGAGUUUCGGAGGACAUGGUGGUCAAGAUGAAUGCGACAAUCAAGGAUGGGAAAACGUACCUGCUGGACGAUCCCAUCUUUGCAGCCGAGUUUGCCCCCAAAGGAGAGCUUCUGAAAUUAGGCGAGGUCAUGACCCGCAAGAAUCUUGCCAACACACUCGAGAGAAUCGCCAAUGAAGGCUCCGAUGCCUUUUACCACGGCGAGAUCGCCGAAAACCUCGCCAGCUUUGUCCAGUCCCGCAACGGCACCCUCACCGUCGAGGACCUCGAGACCUACACCGUCACCGACCGCCCCGUCAAGUCGGUCCGCUACCGCGGCCUCGACGUGCACGGCAUGUCCUCGCCCGCCAGCGGCGCCGUCGCCCUGCAGAUCCUCAAGGUCCUCGAGCGCUAUCCCGCGUCCGCCUGGCACGACGACCGCAACCUCACGGUGCAUCGCCUCGCCGAGGCGCAGCGCUUCGCCUUUGCCUACCGCGCCAACCUCGGCGACCCGGCGUUUGUCGAGGAGCGGGACAUUCUGCAGUACGAGAGCGAUCUCCUCUCGGAGGAGACGAUUGACCGCAUCCACGAGGGAAUCAGCGACGACAAGACAAAACACCCGAGAGAGUACUUUCCGAGCGAGGAGGACGUGGCUGCGCUGCCCGAGAGCCAUGGCACGUCGCACAUCGUGACGCUGGAUAGCACGGGCAUGGCCGUGUCGCUGACGACGACCAUCAACAUUAACUUCGGCGCGCAAAUCAUGGAGCCCAACUCGGGCAUCAUCCUCAACGACGAGAUGAAUGACUUUUCCAUCCCCGGCAUCAGCAACGAGUUCGGCUUCGCCCCGUCCCGCGCCAACUACAUCCGCCCGCGCAAGCGCCCGCUGUCGUCCAUGACGCCCCUCAUCGCCACCUACCCCAACGGCACCGUGUACGCCGUCGUCGGCGCCGCCGGCGGGUCGCGCAUCACCUCGGCCACGGCGCAGUGCCUCUGGCACGCGGUCGAGCACGGCGUGACCAUGGGGGAGGCCCUGCGCCUCGGCCGCCUGCACGACCAGCUCGUGCCCAACACGCUGACGCUCGAGUCCUUCUUCCCGGAUCUCGAGGGCACGACGGCCGCGAUGCAGGCCAAGGGCCACGAGGUCAAGGUGGCGAGGCCGAUGCUCAGCGCGGUGCAGGCCAUCAAGAGGAGGGACGACGGGUCGUUUGAGGCGGUGGGCGAGCCGCGACAGGAAAACAGCGCCGGAUACAGUGUUUAA